AUGUCAAAGAACACUCAUCACUUCAAGAAGUAUACAGGAGGACUUUCUCAGUCAUCCAUCUCCAUGCUCACUUCCAAUCAGAGUUUACCUAAUCCUCCUACUUCCGUCAAAUUAUUUAAUAGUGAAUCCUUCUCUCCAUCUUCUUCUUCAAACUCUUCUCAACCAACGACAACAACACCUUUUACUUCCAAAUCCUCUUCAUCACCAUCCUCCAAUAACGCUUCACCAGCCACAUCUCUAUCAUCUUCCUAUGUAAGAAACACUAAGAGCUCUGUUCAAUUACCUCCAAACGCUCAAACCGACGCUUUCAACUACAAAACAUAUCACUACAACAAUUAUACGUAUUAUGCAUCGCCAGGACAAACUCCAAAACAACGAUAUCAACCUCACCACCACAAUGCUAACGCACCAAAUCCAUAUUAUGAUGAAGAGGCUUUCUUCUUACAACAAGAGCCAGGAGGAGCCGAUUUUGCUGCUUCAUCAUCGAACAUUCUUCUUACUCAACCACCAAUUCAACAAAACGAUGGAGCACGAAAGAAGCUUCAAUAUAUAGGAUCACGAAUUUAUAAGAAGACAAAUAGUACAUCAUCCGCACUCACAUCAUCAACACCUUCAGUAAGUUGUCCAUCCUCUCCGAGCAAGAAUCGAAUGAGAGAGUCAACAACUAGCCAGUUUGGGAAGAGAGCAUUCCAUAGCAUGAGUAGUUUCACCUCUCCUGGCUCUGUGAACCUCUCGCGAGCGUUCAAAGAAGAAUCUAAACAACAGCACGUCAUUGUUGAGUAUGAUGAUGAAUUUGAACGGAGAUUAGCAAUUAUAACAGGUCCAGAAUCAUUGGAUGAAAAUAACAACAAAUGGAUUAUUAUUGAUAUUACCGGAAGAAAUAGAGUGGUUAACUCAAGCCAACUAACUUAUCAAUUCUCUUCAGACAAUACCGACCAAAAUUUCAACAUUGAUGACGUACGACAGUUACAAGCUCAAAGCAGUGCCAUGAUAGAAAAAUUAACUCCAGAAGAUUGCGAUAAUAUGUGGAAAGCAUUCUUGCAACGAAAGAGCGUAAAGAUAACGAUAAAAGACGCUGCCGAACAUCUAUUCCAAUCUACAGAACCUGCCUCUCUUUACUCUGCCUACCGAUUUCUUUACAAAAAUCCUUUAUACUUUAAACACACCUCUAACCUCAAUUUUGAAUGUCGCUCACUUAGAGAGGUUGAAGAGCUGAAACAAAUGGGAUCAAAAGAGAAAGAAACCAUUUUGAAGGACAAAAUAUUUUUACUUAAAAUCGCUAAUCGAUUGCUAGCUACAAACGAGGAAAGAGGUUUAUUCUACAAGCAAUUACGGAAUAAUGUAAUGAAAGAAAUCAAAGCAAUGCGACCGGACUUGGAAAUUACCAGAGAGUUUCUUGAAAUCGAUGAAGAACAAGAUAAAGAAAGACUCUCUCUAUUUAGACAGUAUGCGCUGGGAAUGUAUACCAAUUUGGAUAACAAGAAAAGAGUUUAUGAGGCCUUUUUCAAACCUCUCGGAGCUGAUGACCAUCUUCAAGCGUUCAGAGUUGCAAGAGACUUGAAACUUUUUACAACACAGAAUAUUCACUUGUUACGGUCAAUGGAGGAUGAAAUGUGUCACAUGAAGGAGGAGGAUAAUUUUAAAAAAAUAGUGCGUGAGAAUAUUGACUCCAUCGUUAACUCCACAGACCCCGAUAGCAAGAUUAGAAGAGACUUACGCCAUCUUCCUGUUUUCACUAUUGACGAAUAUCCAAAAACAACAGAAGUAGAUGACGGAGUGAGUGUCGAAGUACGAGAUGGAGCCACUUACAUGUAUAUUCAUAUAGCAGACGUCACUCGAUUCAUCAACCAAGGUUCCACUAUUGACUACGAGGCCCAAAAACGAGUGUCGAGCAUUUACCUCCCAGAGAAAAAGUUUAACAUGAUAUCGUCGGAACUGAGCGAAGAUGUUUUAAGUUUAUCUGACAAAAAGGAAAACUAUUCGCUCACAUUUUCUUCCAAGGUUGGCAGCGAUGGUUCUCUAUCAGAAUGGCAGGCAUUUCCUGCAAUUCUUGGCAAAGUUCAAAAGAUAGACUAUUCACUUGCUGAUCAAAUUAUUGACAAAACUGUGGAAGUAGAUCCAGAAGUCUAUGACGCAUUCCAAUUAAUGCUCCAAGUUGCAAAUUUGAGAUUUGCAUACCGAAUGAGAAAAGGGGCUACUCCACCUUCACUUUCUCCCAAACCGAAAGUUGAUGUUUCUAACUCUGAACAAUCGAUCCAAAUUGGAACUUCAUGGGAGGAACAGGUUGGCUCAUCUCGAAGACUAGUGCAGGAGUUUAUGAUUGCAGCCAAUGAAAUUGGAGGACAUUAUGCUUUACAACAUGAUAUAGCGGUUCCUUACAGAGGAACAAGAACAGUCACCAUGGAAAUUCCUCCACUUCCAGAAGAAGAAAUUAAUCAAAUUCUUUCUCUAUCUCCAAAAAUAUCAGAAAAGGAUCUAUGUGAUGUGGUUGUUCGUUCUAACAACUCGUUUUUCCCAACUGCUGGAGUUUGCAUCAAUCAAUCUCCUAAAUUCCAUCAAGGUAUUGGUAGUUCAACUUAUGUCCAAGUUACUUCACCAAUUAGAAGAUACAGCGACCUCUUAGUUCACUAUCAACUUAAGGCCCAAAUGAGAGGAGAAAAACAACCUUAUACAUGGGAUGAAAUUCAGGAAAUUCUCUUUGCAAUUGAACCAACGACCAGAGCCAUUGCAAGCUUGCAAAAAAAGAGUGAAAGAUUCUGGUUAUUGAAGUAUUUUGAACAAAACUUGACCACCCAUUCAGGAAGAAAUAAUCGAUACAAGGCAUUAGUGUUAGAGUCAAAGAAAAAUGCGAUAACAAGUCUUGACCCAGACGAACUUCCUUUUGUGUUGUCACUCUAUUUGAUUGAAUCAGCAUUCAGAGCAAGCGUCAAAUCUUCCAAUAGCUAUGAAGUUGGUGAUUUUCUGGAUGUUAAGGUUUCCUCCGUUUCGCCUUACAACGACGAAAUUAGUUUUGAAGAAAUUACAAAAUAA